CGGGACGCGCUGCGGGACGCGCUGAUGCUCUGCCUGCUGCGCUACCAGGAGGAGCCCGACCUGCGCUUCCUGGUGGACGAGGUGCAGCGGGGGCUGCGCUGCUGCGGCCUCGGCUCCUACCGCGACUGGGAGGCCAACCCGUACUUCAACUGCAGCUCUCCGGGCGCGCAGGCUUGCGGCGUCCCAGCCUCCUGCUGCCGGGACGCCCUGCAGAACGGCUCCAUCGCCAACGCCCAGUGCGGCUUCGGGGUCCUGCGCUGGGGGGACGUGGCUGCGGGGGCCGCCGUGCACCUGGGGGGCUGCGAGGCACGGCUGGGGGCCUGGCUGCGCGCCCAGGCGGGCGGCAUCGCCGCCGGCGCGGCCGUCCUGCUGCUGCUCGAGGCCACCGGUGCCCUCAUGGCGCUGAAGGUGUUGGGGGACAUCGUGCCUGUUGGGGCCUGGGAUUGA